UCUUCUCCUACUCUUCCACCAUGGCCUUCAAAAUCUCUCACCCCCUAAUUUCUAUUCUUCUCUGCCUUUCUCUCCUCUUGUUACUGUUUCAUGAGCUCUAUAAUUUCAAUACCAACAACAAACAGAUCAUCAACACAAGUGCCUAUUAUUCCUCCACCCCCCAUCGCCACCCAUUGUUCAAUAGAAAAGUUCUCGCUGCGAAAUUUGACUUCACUCCAUUUCAAAAGAAGCGUCAGCAGCGCCAUCGCCAUGGCAAACCUUCACCGUCGGACAAACAAGACGUAGAUCGAAGUGAGAUUGAUCCACGUUAUGGCGUCGAAAAGCGACUCGUCCCUACUGGUCCGAACCCAUUACACCAUCGAUGAUCGAUACUUGCUUCGUACACUUGAUCGAUGAUAUCUAUGAUUACUACUCAGAUGAAUGAGAAAAAAAGUCGUGGUUAGUGAGAGCUUUCAUUACUCGCAUGAUGUUUCAUACAUGUUUUUUUUUUUUUUUUAUAAAUUCUAUAUUCAUAAAAUUAUAUGGAUCAUAACUAAUUGUAAUGAUAUUACGAGUUUGAUCU